AUGGCCGCAAAAAAAACCGCCGUACAGCCUCAUAUUGACUCCUUCAAUGCCAUUACCGUAGAUGGUGGCUUACUCGACCUUGCCCGGGAAGACAUCGGCAUCAAGUCUGUAUUCGACGGAACAAACGAAAAAGGGAGCCUUGGGAAUAAAUUAUCAUUGCGUGUUGACAAAAUCUAUAUCGGAAAGCCUCGAUUAAGUGAUCAUCGGGACAAGACCAGCUUACGGCGUGAAAUAUUCCCUUCGGAGUGCAGAGAAAGACACAUCACCUAUCGUGGAAAGCUUACAGUGAAGCUCGGGUUAAGAAUAAAUGAUGGUCCUUGGAUUUCUCAAGACCGCGAACUCGGAAGCAUUCCGGUCAUGGUUCGAUCAAAUCGCUGCCACCUAGAAAAUCUAGCGCCUUAUGAUCUCGUCGAACACAAAGAAGAAUCUGAAGAGCUUGGUGGUUAUUUCAUUGUUAACGGCAUUGAGAAACUGAUUCGGCUUCUCAUUGUUGCCCGUCGAAACCAUCCUAUGGCAAUUGUGCGACCUUCUUUCGCUGGACGAGGAAAAUCCUACACCCAAUAUGGUGUCCAAAUUCGCUGUGUCCGACCAGAUCAAACAUCCCAGACAAACGUUCUACAUUACCUUAAUGACGGAAAUGUUACUUUCCGUUUUUCUUGGAGAAAGAACGAAUACUUAAUUCCUGUUGUAAUGAUCUUGAAGGCACUCAUCGAAACCAACGACAGAGAGAUUUUUGACGGACUCCUGGCCACUAAAGAUAGAGAAAAUACCUUUCUUACAGAUCGUGUGGAGCUGCUUUUGAGAACCUAUAAAGGAUACCAACUAUAUACAAAGAAGGAAACAUUACAACAUCUGGGCGAGAAAUUCCGUAUCGUCAUGGGCGUGGCAUCGGAUAUGAGUGAUGUGGAUGUGGGGAAAGAGUUCCUCAGGAAAAUUGUACUGGUACAUCUACAAGACCCGAGGGAUAAGUUCCGGAUGAUGCUGUUCAUGAUUCGGAAACUGUAUGCUCUUGUUGAGGGUAGCUGCACUCAGGACAAUCCAGAUGCCGUCCAGCAUCAGGAAGUUCUUCUUGGUGGAUUCCUCUAUGGUAUGAUCAUCAAGGAAAGAGUGGAGGAAUACCUUGAAUCUAUCGUAAAAGAGGUACGACGAGAAGUAAGGCGGACGUCUGCGUUCGAUUUUUCGAAUAAAGAGCAGCGGACAAGAAUAUUUGCAAAGGUGAACGAAAACAUUGGAAGCGCUCUAGAGUACUUUAUGUCGACGGGAAAUUUAGCCUCUCCUAGCGGUUUGGACUUGCAACAGGUUUCUGGUUUCACAGUUGUUGCUGAAAAGAUUAACUUUUAUCGUUUCAUCUCUCACUUUAGAAUGGUGCAUAGAGGCAGUUUCUUUGCCCAAUUGAAAACGACAACUGUCCGAAAGUUGUUGCCUGAGAGUUGGGGAUUCUUGUGUCCUGUUCAUACACCUGAUGGAAGUCCUUGCGGUCUGUUGAACCAUCUUGCUCAUAAAUGUCGAAUCACGACCACCAUCUCGGACACUUCUUCAAUCAGAAAAACACUUGCUUCACUUGGCGUUGUGUCACCUGCAACUGCAUCAUUGCCAUCGUCUGCAACCAUGUGUAUCCAACUCGACGGCUGCAUCAUUGGUUGGUGCUCGCCCAAAUUAGCCCGUGUUGUUGCCGAUACUCUCCGAUACUGGAAGGUCGAAGGGUCUCACGACAUUCCUCUGGAUCUGGAAAUCGGAUAUAUUCCAGAGUCAAGAGGUGGCCAAUACCCUGGAAUCUACAUUUUCUCCCAGCAGGCACGAAUGAUUAGACCCGUCAAGUACCUCCCACUAGACAAGGAAGAUCAGAUCGGUCCUUUCGAGCAGCCGUACAUGUCGGUAGCCGUUACACCACCAGAAGUAGUCCCCGGAGAGUCAACCCACGUGGAGUUUGACCCUACCAACAUUCUCUCCAUCAUUGCCAACAUGACACCGUUCUCCGAUUUCAACCAGUCCCCCAGAAACAUGUACCAGUGCCAGAUGGGUAAGCAAGCGAUGGGAACCCCGGGAACAGCAUUGCGGCACAGGAGUGACAACAAGAUGUAUCGAUUGCAAACUGGGCAAACACCUGUAGUCCGAUCCCCUCUCUAUAACGAGUACGGAUUGGAUAAUUUCCCGAACGGGAUGAAUGCGAUUGUUGCUGUCAUCUCAUACACUGGCUAUGACAUGGACGACGCUAUGAUAAUGAACAAGUCGGCGCACGAGAGAGGAUUCGGCCAUGGAACGAUUUAUAAAACGGAGAAGCUUGGAUGGGCGGAGGAGAAGCGCCGCGGGGGCCCAAGCUCAAACAAUCUUUUUGGGUUUAUCAACCAAGAGGAAAUCGAGGAACAGAUCGACAGCAUCCAUGAAAUGGGAGAAUCCACAGAUGAAGAAAAAUUAUUGAAAAAGAAGGCCUACCAGAACCUAGGAAUUAAACAGGAGUGGCUAGAGACCGUGGAUCUGGAUGGGCUGCCAAAGAUUGGACAACUGGUAAAGGCUGGAGACGCUGUUGCUGUGUAUCACGAAGUUCCGAAAGAAUCCGAGAGCAGGUCAAGGUUUCCGCAAAACAAGGUUUUCACCUACAAGGGCAGCGAAGACGCUUAUAUCGAGGAAGUCCGAUUGCUCGGUGUUGAGGGCAAUGAUAAUAAACCCAUGCAGCAAAUUUCAGUGAAAUACCGCAUCCCCCGUAGUCCCAACAUUGGAGAUAAGUUCUCCUCCCGUCACGGGCAGAAGGGAGUUUUGUCGCAAAAAUGGCCAACCGUAGACAUGCCCUUCACGGAGUCAGGAAUGCAACCGGACAUUAUCAUCAACCCCCACGCUUUCCCGUCCCGUAUGACAAUCGGUAUGUUUGUAGAGUCUCUUGCCGGUAAAGCUGGGGCUUUGCACGGUAUGGCACAGGAUAGCACCCCGUUCCGCUUUGACGAGCACCACACCGCCGCCGACUAUUUUGGACAUCAGCUCAAGAUGGCGGGCUACAAUUAUCACGGGAAUGAGCCAAUGUACUCGGGUAUAACUGGGGAGGAGCUGCACGCAGACAUCUAUAUCGGACUGGUUUACUAUCAGAGGCUUAGGCACAUGGUCAACGACAAGUACCAAGUCAGGACGACUGGUAAGAUCUCGGACCUGACACAUCAGCCCAUCAAGGGUCGUAAGAAGGGAGGUGGUAUCCGUGUCGGAGAGAUGGAGCGCGAUUCCCUGCUCGCGCACGGCACUGCAUUCCUUCUCCAGGACCGUCUGCUCAACUGCAGCGACUACACGCAGACGUGGGUCUGCAGAGAGUGUGGUAGCUUCCUGAGCACGACACCUUCGAUCAAGAAGAUUGGAUUCGAGAGCCAGGUCCGCUGUAGAAGAUGUGCCAAGCCCGCCGCUGGGUUCAAGGCGGAGGGCAUGGUCUGGGAGGAUGGCAACGGUGGCCAGUUUGUAGGAGGAUCGAACACGACCGUCAUCGCCGUGCCUUAUGUUCUCAAAUAUUUGGAUGUGGAAUUGGCGGCAAUGGGUAUCGCGAUGAAGUUCAACAUCGCACCCUAA